AUGCGCCUCUUCCGUGGGCCGAAGCGCAGGGAAGUGACCGGGCCGCAGGCUGCAACGCCAUCUCCCCGUAGAGACCUCACCGGUACCCGCCCAGACCCCACACACGAUUAUACGCUUGUUACCGCGCUCCCAGCCAUGGUCAUGGAGGACGAUGUCAGGGAGAUGAAGAAAGUGUUUGCAACAUGGGGUCGGCGUAUGGGGAAGAAGCUAGAUAUGCUCAAAAAAGAACCGAAAGAUAUAGAUGAGUCGCCCUCUAAUGAUGUCGUGAAACGAGACCUGUCACCUGCACCUGGCCAAUUUAAGAAGAAACAAAAUUGGAAAAUGGGUCGAAGUACUUCAGACUCCGCAUCAUUGAAAAAGGACAAUGACACUGAUUCCAUAAGAAGUGGUUCAAGGGAUAGGUCUCCGAGCCCAUUCAAAUCUUUUUUUCAUCGUAUGGGUUCAACAGGGAUGUUAAAUACGUCUAAGACACAAUCUUUAAAUACACACAAACCUCCCGAAAAUUACAAUAAUGGAUCCACAUUAUAUCGAAGCUGUUCAACUUCUCAUUUAUCCACCUACAUAAAAGCUGAUGAUCCAUCUGACGACAUCGAUUUACAAAACACGAACAAUGAAAAUAAAAAAUCACCAACUAAACAGAAAAUUACUUUACACAACGAAGAAAAUUUCGUGAACUCAUCAACAAAAGCCAUAAGCUGCGAUAAUAUAUCUAAGCUCGAUGGACCACAAAGCAACUCCUCCAAUAAAAAGCCCAAUUUUCCUUAUGCUUUCUUACGAUCAAAACUGUCUGUUUUACCCGAAGAAAACAGUAUAACGUCACAGCAUAGAUCGAUAUCUAUUAGGCAGAGUUUUUCAGAAAGAAUAGAUAGAAAAUCACCAAAGUUUCGAAAGGAAAGAUUAUACUUAACAAAUUCUCGUUCAGAGGAGCGGUAUAGAAGCAGUGAUAAUAUAUCCGUUCAUGAAGGAAGUGUAUACGACAGUAAUUCUGCACUAAGAACUGAUAUCGAUUCCUCUAGAAAUUCAAUUCGAAGUAUUAACGAAAUCGACGGCACACCUUAUCCAUAUAGAAGAAUCGACGACGUCCCACGAAGGUCAUCUAUGAUCUCACAUAGACCACCGAUAGACUACGACCCCAUGCUUAUGCCCCGGAAUAGAAACAGUCUUCCUGUUUAUGAAUAUGGGUCGACCCUUGGUUCUAUCCAAGAUUUAAAGUCCGAUUUAGCUUCCUCUAGCCAAAGCAUACACAGGGAAAUUUUACAAGCUCAUCGACUGAGUAGUUACAUCAGUUCUAAUGAAUCUGGAUACGAUAGCGACGGCAGACCAACUGAUGAACAUAGCAAUCACUCUCCGCCUGGAUUCAGUCACCUAUCUACCGGCUCUUGUACCCGGGAUGGAAAUUAUGGCAAUUUUACAAGACAGUUAAGCUUAAAUCAGAAAAUAAAUGUCAGUAGAGUUCAAAUUCCAGCACGAAGAAGCUCAACGCCAUGUGCAUUAUUCCCAAUAGAAAAGAGUAUUUCCUAUGAACGAGAAAAUGAAAACAAAACACCAAAGUACGCUAAAAAUAUUUCUAAUCAAAUUACAAUUGAUUAUAGUGAUGCUAAACCACCGCCUUUACCAAAAAAAAAUAUGAGUAAAAAAGUGCCUUUUGUUUACAAAACAAUUACAUUAGAUGAUCGUUAUCACCCCAGAAAAACUAACUAUUUACAAUCUCAGCUGUCAGCUUUUGAAAACUUAUCAACUCCAAACCUUUGUGAAAAUAUAACUUCGGGUCGUGUAUCUGAUAUUAACAAUUUGGAAAAAGAUUUACUUGGUAGAGGACCGUGUACAAAGCGAUUUAGAAAAAUUAGACUUAUAAAAACUAGAUUGGACGAAAGUCUUGGCGUAUAUCUUGCUCAGCAUCGAGUGGACUUUGACAGAAGUGGUUCCAAUUUCGAAGUUCGAUAUAUCGUAGUAAAGCUCGAUUUUGAUGGCAUAGCUCACAGAGAUGGUAGACUGCGAAUAGGAGAUGAAAUAGUCAGUGUAAACGGAAAAGUACUGAGAGGAUUAUCAUCUCUCAAAGAGGUUCAACAUAUUGUAAAUUCAUGUUCUACUGAAGCUGACCUGGAAGAAGGAGCUUUGUUUCAAAGAUACGAAGUAGACUUAGUUAUGGCCCAUGACGAAAUAAACCCUGUUAGCCUAGGACGCAUAAUAAAUAAUCAACGUUGUGAAAAUAAUUCAAAGGAACCUAACCGUUUAUCAAAUGUGCCCCCUGACAUUAUCUCGCAAACAAUACAUAAACCAAAACCAACAAAUUCUAUUAUUAUGGAAACACACUUCCCAAGUGAUAAUAACCUUUACGUAGAAAGUGAUCUGACAGGGCAGUUACAAGAUUUAAACGAUAUGCAAACCAAAUGUGAAGUAGGUCUUCAAGUGAGUAACAGAGUACUAAUGUCAAAUCAGAUGAGUGAUGAUGAAAAAUUAUUAGAGCGGAACUGUUUUACACCGGUUCACCCCUCUUUGCAAAAUAUAACAAAUAUAGAAGUAUCUAUGCGCUCUUCGCCAACGCCUAAAAAUAAUACAAAUUACAGACCCAUAUCUCUGCACGGAUCUAGGACGCCUGUCUCAGUAUGUACAGAUAACGAUACCAAUGAAAUAAAAGAAAACGCGUCUCAUUAUAUAAAGAACGUGCCAAGACUCUACCAAAACAGAUCGUUUGAAAGUAUUCCAGAACAAUUAAGAAGCAGUAAUCGCAGUCGAUAUUUUAGUAGAGUAGGUUCACAGAGAUCCUCACAAAAUUAUGGUUCACACGUCUCUCGUCACAAAGAGCACAUCAGCUCUGUUAAUCAAGAGCGUCAACAAUAUUCUAACCAUUCUAUUCAUAAAGUACAGUUUUGGAAGGGUCCGGGUCAAAAAAGUCUUGGAUUCAGCAUUGUUGGAGGAACUGAUUCGCCUAAAGGGCAAAUGGGUAUAUUUGUCAAAACAGUUUUCCCGAAUGGCCAAGCUGCUGAUAAAGGAAAUGUUUAUGAAGGCGAUGAGAUAUUAUCCGUAAACAACGUGCCAACACGUGGUUUAAGUCAUGCUGGAGCAAUAUCCCUUUUCAAACAAGUUAAAGAAGGAAAAAUCGAAUUGACGCUUUCAAGAAGAAGAGCUCCAAGGUCAAGAUCGGUCGAGCCUCUUGGUCAUUUCCGCGGAGACAGUAAAUGA